GCCGGAGACGCCUCUGCAGCAGGAGAAGGACGAGGCGGAGGAAGAGGAGGAGGAGGAGGUUGCAGCCCAGCAGCCGCCCUCCUUCCUAGGCCUCGGCGCCGCUUCCCAAAGCCUCCUCUCCUCUCCUCCCUCCGCGGCAUGAGGAGUUGAAAAAGGGGAAGGAGGAGGAAGGGGAGAAGAACUAUUUUCUGUGGAGGUCAAGGAGUGAUCUUUAGUCAUUGAACGCUAGCUGAAGAGACAUUUUCGCCAUUAUGAAUGAAGUAGCAAUAGUGAAGGAAGGCUGGCUCCACAAACGAGGAGAAUACAUUAAAACAUGGAGGCCAAGAUAUUUCCUAUUGAAGAAUGAUGGAACAUUCAUUGGUUACAAGGAACGACCACAAGAUGUGGACCAACGGGAGUCCCCCUUAAACAACUUCUCAGUGGCUCAGUGCCAGCUGAUGAAAACAGAGAGACCUAAACCAAACACAUUCAUCAUCAGAUGCCUCCAGUGGACCACAGUAAUUGAAAGGACGUUUCAUGUGGAGACUCCGGAGGAGCGGGAAGAAUGGACAAAAGCCAUCCAAACCGUAGCAGACAGCCUUAAAAAGCAAGAGGAGGAAAUCAUGGAUUUUCGAUCGGGUUCCCCCAGUGAUAAUUCAGGUGCCGAAGAAAUGGAAAUUUCUAUGACGAAACCAAAACACAAAGUAACUAUGAAUGAAUUUGAAUACCUUAAGCUAUUGGGGAAAGGUACUUUUGGAAAAGUCAUCCUGGUGAAAGAAAAAGCAACAGGACGGUAUUAUGCAAUGAAGAUUCUGAAGAAGGAAGUAAUUGUUGCAAAGGAUGAAGUGGCACAUACCCUGACAGAAAACCGGGUUUUGCAGAACUCUAGGCAUCCUUUCUUAACGGCUUUAAAGUAUUCCUUCCAGACACAUGACCGGUUGUGCUUUGUAAUGGAGUAUGCUAAUGGAGGCGAGCUGUUCUUCCAUCUGUCACGUGAACGUGUGUUUUCUGAAGAUCGUGCCCGGUUCUACGGAGCUGAGAUUGUAUCAGCGUUGGACUACCUACAUUCAGAAAAGAAUGUGGUUUAUAGAGACUUAAAGCUGGAAAACCUAAUGCUGGACAAAGAUGGGCACAUAAAAAUAACAGACUUUGGGCUGUGCAAAGAAGGGAUCAAGGAUGGAGCGACGAUGAAGACUUUCUGCGGCACACCGGAAUACCUCGCCCCAGAGGUGCUGGAGGACAAUGAUUAUGGCCGCGCCGUGGACUGGUGGGGCUUAGGCGUCGUCAUGUAUGAAAUGAUGUGCGGGCGGCUCCCUUUCUACAAUUCAGACCACGAGAAGCUGUUUGAACUCAUCCUCAUGGAAGAGAUUAGGUUUCCACGCACAUUGUCGCCUGAAGCGAAAUCCCUUCUGUCGGGCUUGCUGAAAAAGGAUCCCAAGCAGAGGUUAGGGGGCGGAUCAGAUGAUGCCAAGGAGAUCAUGCAGCACAAAUUUUUUUCUGGCAUUGUAUGGCAAGAUGUAUAUGAAAAAAAGCUGGUACCUCCCUUUAAACCACAGGUGACAUCUGAAACAGAUACACGCUAUUUUGAUGAAGAAUUCACGGCCCAGAUGAUCACAAUUACCCCACCUGACCAAGAUGACAGUAUGGAUUGUAUUGACAACGAACGACGACCGCACUUCCCUCAGUUUUCUUAUUCCGCCAGUGGAACGGCUUAAUGUUUCGCUUGUUUCAUUCACAGCAAUCAAUCAAGACUGCAUAUUUGGGGACCUUUACUUUCAACGGACACUAGAGAACUCUCUAUGAAACAUGAAUUACAAACUAUGUUUGUACUACGGUUUAGCUGAAUUUGUAGGAAGCCUCACAGGCUGUGUAUUUAAAAACAAUCCUGAUGCAUUUUUGAGUCAGAAUCUCUGAUAAAAAGACAUAAUUUGGAGAAGGAAGACAAGAAGUCAUUCUUUAAAGCAUUAAAAAUAAAAAACGCUUUUUUUCUUCUGGAAAAAAUGGCAUUUUAGGUUUUUAAAAAUAUGCACCAAAACUGUUUUCUUGCUAGAUGUUUUAACAUAGCAGCAACAUUCACAAUUUUUUUUAAAUCCUCAUUUUUUAUUUAUUCCAUAUGAUUCCUUAUGUAAGUAGAAUCCCUGCACUCUGAACAAUUAGAAUUAUUUAGGACGAGAAGCAGAGUUAUAGGUAGUGCAAUAAUACGAGCGACAAGCAACAAAAAAAUGAACAGGCCUUGCAGAUGUGGGCAGAAACAUUAAUGUUGACAUCUCUAGGAAACAGCAUUGAUAGCAACAGCAUUGAUGGCAAAAUUAAACACAAGAGUUAACAUUAGCAGACUUGCUGCCAGAAAGUGACAUAUCAGGCAAAAAAGGAAUGGAAGCUAGUCUGUUUCUAAAUUUCACAGAAGUGUUGCAUGGAUGAUGGUCCAUUUAAUUAUUCCAUAUUUAAGUAGGUUUGACAUUGCCAAAAUUUGGCAGGCACCCACUGGUGAUUUCUCUUGUGUGGGCAACUAAUAGGGAGUUGUGCAUCUCAGCAUUCGACCACUGUAUCCUUGUCCUGGAGAGUCUCCCAAUAGUUGUGCCUUGGAGAAAAUACCAUAUUUCAUCGCAGAAUAGUGGCACUUUUUCCAUCAAGAGGGGUGCGACUAUUACACAAGGGAAAAAAUCUGCCUUUGAUUCUCUGGGUUUCUGUUUUCUUUUGCCUUUGGAGAAAGAAGGAAAGGAGAAUCAGCCCCAAAUGGAUCAGCGACUACUACGCAAUGAACACAAAAUACCAAUGUUGCCACCCCAAAAAUGGAGGUGUAACUUUUACAUAGUGUUGACUAUUAUGCGAUGAAAUACAGUAAUCAGUUUUAGCCAUUUCAACUGAAAAAGCUUUGCAACUGCAAAAUAAUAAUAAUAAUAAUGGCCAGGAUGGGUAGCAUAGAUAAACGCACAAUACUUUUCAAGAGGUGGCAUAUCCUACCAAACACUUUGUUUGGCAGUCAGGUAUUUUUUUGGCACUGAAGUGACUGGCCUUGUUCAUAUAUGUAUAGAAACAACAUGUCGUGCACGUUUGAGAAUGCGUCUAUAUGUAUUUUUUCACUUCAAUGUAGAUUUUCACCAUUAUUGAGGCAGGGAGGAGCUCUAUGGUGCUGCCUUAAGGUUUAGAGGAGAUUCCCAUCUGUGAAUGCAGCAGCUGUAUGUAAAAAAAUAAAGAAGAAAAUUAGGAAGAAAUUUCACGUUAUCACAAAAAAGAUGUUAAGUAGUUGAUUCCCCCCUCUCCCUAAUAUCACACCUCCCCAUCACUUUGUUUUAUAUUUUCAUAGCCACCUCAUUCUGGAUCUGCCAAACCUUGUGAUGGAAAUUGUUGAUUCGCCUUUAGAGGCGAGCUACGAUUUUAAGCUCUCUUGUGCUGCGAAUGAGUUUAUUCAGUUGUGGCUUUAUGUUCUUUUAGAUAUGCUUUUGUUUCUGUUCUCUUAUCUGUAUAAAAUUGGACUGUACCGCAGUUCCUUAACUUUUUUUUUUAAUUUGAAAGGGAAUUUAUUUAAACUAUUUGCCACUUUCUCUCCACAUGAAAUCCCAUUGUUGUGUGUGUUGUGGUUUGGGUUUUUUUUACAACAUUCAUUCUAGUAUUUUUACUUAUGAUAUGAAAAGCUUCCCUUAAAAAUUACUUCAAUAAAAUGUGCUUUAACAAGUA